CCCUCUCUCUCAUCUUUCCGUUUGGUUCUCAGGAAAAUGAGGGGAUGAAAGACAGGCAAAUGCUUCACAAUGAAGCACGUUCUUCAAGCAUUUUCCUGGUCUCCUUUCUUUUCUUUUCCCGCGCUUGUUUCCUGGAAACCAAACGGGCUGUGUUUUGAUUUUAUUCAUUGCGAUUGUUUGCGUAUUUUUCGUGGUGCGUUUUCUUUAAUUUUCGUGUGCUUGAUGGAAAGUUAAUCGUGUUGCAUUAUUGAUUUCCGUUAGGUUUCGGCUUGUUUAGGUUUCUUUAUUAUGGUAUUCGAUUAGUUUUUUGGGAGCGGAUGAGUUAUGGAUUAGGCAUUUAGAUUUUUUUUUUUUUUUUGUUCGAAGGAUUUCAAGAGUUUCUUGUAAAUUUUAUCUGUUUGGUUUAUGUGGUCUGGGUGAGUAUUUCUGAUUUUUUUUUCUUUGGUAUGCUUAGGUGAUGAUCUAGGGUUUUUCUGAAACUAGGCUAGAAUUAAUUGAGAAGGAAAGUUCCCGUGAGCAUGAGUUUUAGGCUCUGAUUGUUUGCUGAGAAAAUUGAGGAAAAGAAAUUUGAAGUUGUUUAAGGUUAUGUUUGGUUGUUAGAAAUUAGUAAAGAAGGAAAUAAAAAACAAUGCUAAAGAAAAUAAUUUUCUAAUAUAUAAAAAAAAAGUUAUAAACUUAUUAAUUUUAAAUUAUUUAUUUAUUUAUUAUUAUUAUUAUUAUUUUCUUGCUAUUCUCUUUCUCGCACAUUUCCCCCCACCCAAAAAAAGGCAUAAAAUAAGUUUCUGCUGUUAUUUUCCUAAGAAAACUGAAACAUCAAUCUUGGCAACAUAAUUGCACAAGACUUGGUAUGGAGAACAUUUUUCCGUUUUCCAAUCUUGCAUCUUAGGGAUGUUUGGAAAUCAUGAUUAGAUGGAUGUAAGCAAGGCCCUCAAAAACCUUUGUCACGUACUUAAUGUGCCCUUGAAGAGUUGGUAAACGUGUGAUCACAAGUUCAUUGUCCCAGUCCUAAAUUGACAAUCAAUUCCGGUUGUAUAAGUUUUCAGUUGGUUUCCUUUGGAGUACUUUUGGGAGUAAUUCCAGUUAAAGCGAUUUGGCUUGUAGCGCUUUGAUUACAGCGUUUCCAUUAAAAAGGCUUUUAAGAAGAACCACUUACUGUUUGGAUUGAAACCAAAAAAAAUGCUUUUAUGUGUUUUUGGUUAAGUGUCAUAUCACAAAAUAAAAAAAAAUAAAAAAAUGAUUUUUCAAAAGAAUAACCACCCAAGUGAUUGCGUAGGAAUUAUUUUUAGAGGCCAUUUGAUAGUGAUUUUAGGAAACGUUUUUAGAGUGCGUUUGGUUGUGAUUUUAGGAAGUGUUUCUAGUAUUUCUAAAACUUGAAAAUUUUUAUCUUUCAUAUAUUAAAGAUGUUAGAAACACUUCGUAGAAUCAUUAUCAAACACACUCAAAUAUUUUUAAUACUUGAAAAAUUUAUCAUUCUAAGUGUUAAAAAUACUUAAAUGCUUUCUAGAAUCACUCUUAAACACACUUUUAGAUGAUUCUCUAAAUUUGUACAAGUAAUUUACAAUAACUUGCCAAACACCUUCAUUUCUAUAAGGUGUGCACUUUCAAACACUAACAAGCUCCUAUAAACCCUAAAAAGUGCUUCUAACCCCUCUCAAAAUCAUUCCCAAAAGAUAUCUUUAAACUUCAGGAGUCGUACGUACUGGAAAUCCUUGUGAACUUCCUCGCCUGUGAUUACCUCCCAAUUUUUUUGGGAAAAUCGUGUAUAUGACGUUACAAUUGCAUUGGAACUGUGGGCUAAUACAAAGGAGUUUCGUCUCCUUCGACCUAAAUGUACAUUAGUUGUACAGUUUUUAGUCAUGUUUAGGGUUGUUUUCCCCUCUUUUUUUCCAUUCAUUUUAUCAGUUACAUUUUCACUGCAGGACAUCUAUCCUGAUAUUUGUUAUUGAUGCGUGGUGGAAAACAUUGCAUAGAUAAAUGUCCUAGAGAUGGCACUCCCAGGGGCAUUAAUUCAGCAUAUUGAGCAAAAACAAAUUCUGGGGAACAAUGUUUGUGGAUCUUCAUAUUCUUUGAACUGUUCUGUCCUAAGUGAUGCACACACAUCAGAAGUUUUAGAAGAGCCAAAGCCUAUACCUAAGCCUGAUGUCAACGGUAAAGAGAAGCUAUACUGUACUGGAUCCCUUGAUCUGGCUUAUGGUGAUUUAAAUGAUCCUUCAAGGUCUUUUGGUCCCUAUCCCUCUGCUCCAAGCAUUAUGGUGGGGCCGAUUGCUGAUUCACCCAAAAAAGAGGAGCCUGUUAAAAGGGUCUCCAAGAAGAAGAACAAAAAGAAGGGGAAGCCAGCUAAAAAGUCCUUGGAAUUAAUUGUUUCUCAGACAAGACCAAGCAAACAUGGUCAAGAUGAUGCAAUUGCAUCUUAUCAGUCAUCCAUGGAAAAUGUGGGUAGUCCUGCUUUUGGCAAAUGCUUGAAGAGUCAUCCCCCUUCUGCAGUUGAAACUUCCUUGUGUGCAUCUGAAAAUACGGUUGACCCUACUAAGGAUUCUUGUGUUUACAACACCAAGAAAGACUCGGACUGUUUCUGCAGUAGGAUCUCUGAUUCUUCUACUGGUCAUUUACUGUCUGAUGGUUGGAAUUGUGAUGACUAUGAAACCAAUGCUUGCUGCAAGGAUUUGAAUUUGAGAAUGCAACAAACUGGAGAUCUAAGCACAAAUGGUGCUAUCGAACAUCUUCAAGAGAGUGGUUCUUUCAGACAUGCGUCUGAAUACAAGUCCGAAGCCAAUGAUAUGGCUUGUAAGGUUGAUGCCAAAACUGACAACCAGCGCUGUAAUAUUGGAAUCACACCAAUUCUUGAGCCUAAAUUGAAUACUUUGACAUCUCAAAAUGAUGCAGUAACCAAUUCUAGUCAUCAUCCAAGUAUCCAGAAUGGUAAGGUAAACAGUGACUUGAUCUGGCAGAAAAGUCAGAAGGAUUUCAAGGAAGGUGGAACCAAUGGGGCAAAAAGAUCAAAUCCUAAUCAUGUAGCGCCAGAUGUUCACUUCCUUGAGAAAAAUUUUUGGGCUGAACAGAAUUCAUUUUCUAGCGAAGGAUUGUUGCCAACCUGCUUUAUUUCCUCUUCUGCAAACAGUAGUAGUGCUCAUGGAAUUAAAGAGAUUGGAAAUAAAGAUCAAGCAAUAUGUAAGAGAAUCCAUGGGAAUGCACUGGUUAAUCCCCAGUGGGCUGCUCAUCGAAGGUUGAAUGAUAGCCCCUACCAAUAUCUCUCACACUCAAGUCAAGUGGGUUCUGGGGAAACUGAUUGUGGAAAAUUAAAAGAAAACCAGAACUAUUCAUUUAUGCAGGACAAUAGCAGCAACAGCAAGAAGGGAGUAAGAGGUUGCAAAUCAAACUUCUUUAAGCAUCGGAGUAAGUAUGCCUUUUCUCAUAAGGAAUCAAUACAUGUUCCAUUUGAACUGCAGCAUUACAAGAACACCAAUGCUGCGCCAGGAGUUAUUUACAAUAGUCACAAUGUUGUGACUGGUGGCUCUUACUGUUUACGUUCAUGUCCUUCUUCUGCCCAUGUACCCCAAAAAGUGCCAAACUUGAGAAAAUUUUCUGUACCAGGUCAAGGUGUAUCAAAUGAGAUCCAACCAGACACCUGGGCAAAGACUCCAAAGAUGGAAAAUGCCUCAUGUAGGCCUCCACAUGCUUCUGUAGACAGUGAAAAAGGAAAUCCUGCAUCCUCAGAGUUGAAGCUUUCUUGUGAAGAUAAAUUUAGGCAAGAUGUUCCCACUCAGAUGGUUUUAAAGAAGUGGAUUCCUGUUGGUAGAAAAGAGUCAUCAAUGCUGGAGAGCACUGGUCUUGUCGAUGUUAAUGGUCAUAGUGAUACUCCACCAUUUUCAUGCUCAAAGGAGAAUGAUGGCCAUCUGGAAGGACAUAAGGUUCCAGUGUCUGAACCUGCUACUUUAAGUGACCCUGGAAAGACAAGCUUAAUAUGCAAUCCCAGCAUGACUUCAGUUGAAAGUGAAGCCACACGACUUGAAGAUAUGAAUACGGCAGUCGAAGGUCAAAAAGUUGAAACUGCUGAAGAUAAUGCUGCAUGUAGUAAUAAACUACAGGAUUCUACUCGGUUCUCAAUUGGCUCACAAAUGGCAGUUCAAGCUCUAGAUGCUGCCUACAGACUGCAAUUAGAGUCUGAGAGUGUUCAGCUUGCUACAGGCUGCCCGCUUGCAGAAUUUGAAAAACUCCUCCAGUCUGCCACUCCGGUUAUUUCUUCUUCAUUUGUAUAUGAGAAAUGUGAUGAUUGCUCAGCUAGUCAGCCCUCCCAUGGUUCCCUCUGCAAACAUCAGAUACCUGAUGUGUCACUUAAUGCUGUUUGGAACUGGUAUGAAAAGCCAGGAAAUUAUGGAUUGGAUGUUAAGGCUGAAGAUUCCCGAAAUCUGAAAGGGCUGCUUACUGAUUCAUCAUCAUUUCAUGCCCAUUUUGUUCCUUUCCUUUCAGCCGUUCAGUUGUUUUGUCACCCACAAGUCUCCAACAGUCAAAGUACAGAACGCAUGGAGGCUGAAAUUCAGGACAUAAGAGAAGUCGAAUCUCAUUCUCCUUCUGAAACCAAGAUUUCUGCACCUUCUCUAGAAGCAAAAGAUAUGAAGCAUAUUCAGGAGGAAAUAAAAUUACUGCUGAAAUUUGACUCAGCUCAGGAGCUUGUCCAUUCAUUCGAGGUUUCCCCAUAUGAUGGAAAUGAGUCUUUGAGUAUAAUUGCUUUACCUGCAUUUUCAAGUAAUAAUGAGCUUUUAUUUGAGUUUUUUGAAUCUGAGCAGCCACAGCUACGAAAGCCACUGCAUAACAAGAUUAUGGAGCUCAUCAACAAUGGAAAUUCCAAUCAUCAAGCAUUUGGUGACCCAUCAAAGCUGGCAUGCAUGAAGCUACAUGAGCUACAUCCUGCAUCUUGGUUUUCAGUUGCUUGGUAUCCUAUAUAUCGAAUUCCAGAAGGCAAUUUCCGUGCAUCAUUCUUGACUUACCAUUCACUUGGAUAUUUAGUUCAAAGAUGCAAUUCAACUGAUUCUCUCAAUGAGAAUAUGUUGUGUAUCGUCUUUCCUGUGCUGGGACUGCAAAGCUACAAUGCACAGGGUGAAUGCUGGUUUGAUCUGAAGAUACCUGUGGAUGCUUCAUCAAAAGAUAGUAAACUUGUCAACAGUUCAGAAACCCUCAAAGAGAGGCUCAGAACACUUCAGGAAAAUGCAUGGCUAUUUGCUAGAGGGUGUGUUUCCAAAAACAACGUCAAGGUAGUCAACCGGCAGCCAGACUAUGAGUUCUUCAUUUCCCGGAAAUGCUGAGAUGGUGCCCUUCUGUAUUAUACUCUAGAACACAACCAUUUCUCUCCUAGUUUGUACAGAAUUACUUGCAGCUUCAUCCGUCUUCCCAUGUAAAGAUUUCUAAAGAAGAUGACAACUAGAAUGGAGGGCGGGCACAAACACUAAAGCAGUAGCCACCGUAUUUCAGGUCUUUGUAGAUAAUGGGAACAGAAAGUAGUUAGCAGAAACCUACAGGAAAGGGUUAGUUUCAGUUUUGAAAGCCUGAUAUCCACAUCUCACAGUCAACCUAGGUAAAGAUUGUUGAUAUCCCAUGUAAAGAAGAAUGCUUCAUACAUAGUUUCAAGUAGAAGUUAAACACAUUGUAAAUGGUUUUCCCCCUAGCUGAGCAAUACAUGCUAUAUCUCAAGUCUC